UCUCGUUUAUGCGAUAUAUCCAUGGGAUGUCCCGUCAACGGUUAUUCUUCAGUUUCUAUAUAAUGUGUCCUGCUGUUCAUCCCUGAUUGCGCUUCGAUCGCGCCCAAAUGGACCACGCCAUUGAGGCUGAGGACAGUCGCUCCGACGCCGGUGACUCGGGAUACAGUGACACUUUAGUCUCAACCGAGUCUCUUCGAACCAGUGUAUAUGCAUAUGAGGAGGAAAAUGGUCGCACCUAUCAUGCCUAUCAUGCUGGAAAGUACCAUGUACCAAAUGACGCGGGCGAACAGGAACGCAUGGACCUGCAUUAUCACGCAAUGCGAUUGAGUAUUGGAGACAGGCUGUUUCACGCUCCUGUCACCACGCUCGACGGUGUACUUGACGUUGGAUGCGGCACCGGCAUUUGGUGCAUGGAUAUGGGCGACGAAUAUCCGGCCGCGUCUGUGAUUGGAUUCGAUCUGUCGCCGAUACAGCCGUCGUUCGUUCCACCAAAUGUCCAAUUUGAGGUUGCCGACGCUGAUGAAGACUGGACAUAUGGUCAUAAUCGCUUUGAUCUCGUUCAUACGAGAUUUAUGAACGGCUUCAGUGUUAGAAGCUGGCCGCAUUUGUACCAACAGGCCAUGGAAUCUUUGAGGCCUGGUGGUUGGAUUGAAAACCAAGAAUUAGACGUUCAGGUUUUGAGCGAUGACAACACGAUGCCAGAAGACAGCAAAGUGCAAGAAUGGGUCAGAUUGUGGAACGAAGGGAUGGGCGUUGUGGGCAUGACUGGGAGGUGCGACCCCGAGGUACUUGCACAGCAGAUGAGAGAGGCAGGUUUCAUCAAUGUGCAUGUUAAACGGUACAAGAUGCCUAUAGGGCCGUGGCCCAAGGAUCCGGCUUUGAAGGAAGCCGGAGUUUAUGGACUCGUAGCCAUACUGGAUGGUAUGCAAGGACUGAGCAUCAAAAUUUUCACAAACUGCCUGGGUUGGUCGGUGGAACAGCUCGAGGUGUUUUUGGCCGAAGUCAGAAAGGAGUGGAAGCGCCGGGGCAUGCAUACAUACUGGCCUUGCUUCGUUAUCAUGGGUCAGAAGCCGCCAGCGUCAUGAAGUUGGGACAAAUUUGAGCCAGGAGCUCAGAGAUAAUGUAUAAAAGUACUGAUAGAGGUUCAACGACAAGCGCCGCUUCCAUCCACUGCUUAACGUGGCCACAGCUUCGCCGUGCGCAGUAAGACAGCAGCGGUCAGUACAUGUCCAAGUUUCCCUGUCUGACCAGGUGAUUGUGUGGUCACGCCGGUCGACGAAGCGAGCCGUCGACUUACC